GUUGACGAUGGAAGCUAGCCCAUCCCAUCCCCACAUGGCACCAGCUGCAGUCUGAAAGGGAAAUUUUUUUGUUCUAAUUGUGCUUCCAGUGAACAUGGUUCAAGUAAACGGCCACGAUUUUGGCCAGAUUCGGAGGCACUAUCCAGCAAUAAAUUCUCUAUCCAUUGAAGGAGAGAAAAAAUCAGAGAAGUUGAGGUGGAGGAGGGAGGAGAUACUCACAAGAAAAAAAGAUCUCUACUCACUAGCCAUUCUACUCAGAACAGUGCUUCAGAAAUGGAAAUAGCAGAGCAAAGACAAGAAAAGGACGUACAGGAAAUGGAAAAAACUGAGCUGCAACAGCAACAAUGGCGGCAAUUGUGGGAGAAAAUGGGGAAGGACGAGACUGUUGGUACUGAAUCUGUUUAUGGAUUUUCAGUGACAGAAAACAAUGGCCUAUUUUCUGCUUCUGAGAGAAGUUCCAGAGAUGAUGGAUUAGUUAUUGCAACGGAGAAUUUUGAUGAUCAAAAGAGUCAGAGCCAUGUAAUUAACGAUCAAACAAAGGAAAUCUCAAAUGAUGGAAGCUUUUCUCAUUUAGGCUUUCUGCCUUCUGAAAAAUCAAGUGAAAAACAUAAAACACAUAAAUCUUGUAGUGAUGUAACAGUAAUAUUUGAUGAUGAGCACACCGUGGAAAUUGAUCGUGAAUUGACUGAAUUUGAUGUUGAGAGAAUAUUGAAGAAGCAGAACACACAUGAUUUAUACUGUCCUAAUUGUAAUUCUUGCAUUACCAGAAGGGUUAUUCUUCGCAAAAGAAAACGCAGCAUUUGGAUUGACAGAGCACAACCACUAGGUGCAUCUCAGUUAGAUACCAGUCUUGCCCCUGCACAAAAUUAUCAAGGUAGUGGGUUUAAACUGUUCAAGAAACUUGGGGAUAAAAGUGAGAAGGAAAACAUACAAAGUCCUUGGCCAAUAUCUGAGGUGAAGAAAAAUUGGUUUUCCUCUCUUUUCUCAUCACAUGCAGAAACAACGCUUGUUGCUCAAGAGGGGGUUGUUCUGGAUCCUGCUGAUUUGGGUCCUGUUUAUGAGUUGGAUAUGUCAAACUGUCCUGAUGAAAUUCAACGGGAUAAUGGAAGUGAUAAUUCAGCAACACAACUUGUUGGGAAAGCUAUGGAGCAUAUUCUGAAACCUACUGAAAAUGCUACUUUUGAACAUAUCCAAGAUGGACUGAAGAUUCUAGUUCAUUCAAGCACAGAUUCGUUAACUGUCGAGAUAUCCCAUAUGGAUGAGAAAGAAAACGUGACAAUAAAAAGUAAACCUGCAGCCGGAAUCCUUCUUCAACAGAAAGCUUUGGAGCAUAUUCUGAAACCUGGCAAAAAUGCUACUUUUGAACAUAACCAAGAUGGACUGAAGAUUCUGGUUCAUUCAAGCACGGAUUCUUUAACUGUUGAGAAAUCCCAUAUGGAUGAGAAACUCAAUGUGGCGAUAAAAAGUAAACCUCCAGGUACUGAUGCAAUCAUUGAUGUCCAAGAAAGACCUGUUGAGCCAGCAGCUGCUCAGGGAGUACAAGAUAUUAUUCCUUCUGCAAAAACAAAACCUUUUCCACAUAGAGAGAGUAUUGAAGCUAGACGAUUUCAUGGAAUGGAUAUAAUAAAAAGCAUCGUAUAUGGUGGUUUAAAAGGUUCUGUUGCAAUCAUUGACAUCAAAGAAAGGCCUGUUGAGCAAAAAGAAAGAAAGCGUGAUGUUGAAAAGGGAGUAGUAGGAACGAUUAUUCCUCCUGCCCCUCAAAAAACAAAGCCUUUUCCACAUGGAGGAUUUAAUGGAAUGGAUAUAAUAAGAAGCAUCGUAUAUGGUGGUUUGGUCGAAUCAAUUACAAGCCUAGGCGUGGUGUUAUCUGCAGCUGGUGCUGAUGCCACCACGUUGAACAUAUUGGCUCUGGGAUUAGCUAAUCUGAUUGGAGGACUUUUCAUGAUUGGUCAAAAUUUGUGGGAGCUGAAAAAUGACCAUUCUAGGAGCAUCUCCACUGAAACAGCAGAGGAUGCAUCUGAUCAAACUAGCAAGCAACUAGAUCGUUAUCAAGAAUUACUGGGGCAGAGAGGCAAAUUUUUGCUUCACGCAACAUUUGCCAUCUUAUCGCAUCUCAUAUUUGGCUCGCUGCCUCCUGUCAUCUAUGGAUUCUCGUUUCGUGAGAGCGACAACAGGGAUUUCAAACUCUUCGCUGUUGCGGCUUCCUCUCUUCUUUGCAUCAUACUACUUGCUGCCGGGAAGGCUUACACUCAGAGGCCACCCAGGUCUUUCAUAAAAACAGUAAUAUACUACGUGGUAGCGGGGUUUAUGGCCAGGCCAGGUGUAUCCUAUUCAGUUGGUGAUCAAAUCAAAAAACUCCUGGAGAAACUUGGUUGGUUGAGUUCUGAUUCUGCCCUCACCUUGACAAUACCAUUGCAGCAGCAAGCAUGGGGAGCCUAUCAAGAUCACUGACUUCUUUCCCCUUCUUCAUCUCUCUCUCUCAGUGGGGUCAAUUUCCAUAUGUUUGUGUUGCAAGCUACUACUUAGGAUAGACAGCUGCUUGAACCAUAUGAGUUAAAUAACAUGUCACGGCAUUUUAUAAUCGAGUAGGAUUAAUAAUAAUAUCUUUUCUCUACGCAUUGAGGAAAGCCGUCAAUUUUUUUUUCCAUGGGAAUGCAGAAGAACAUAGUUCUCUUUGAGAAUGUGAAACUCAGGGGCAGUGCCUUUGGUAGAAAAACCUAAAGAAGCUUGGCACGCCCUCUCAACAGUGCUAUGUCUGCGCCUCUGUUCUCUCAGGCCUUCUGUGUAUUUGGCUUGUUUGCUGCUAUUCUCCCAUUAUUAUAUGUUCUUUCGAUGUUUUUUACUUUAUGCCUCGCAUGUUUGAGGCCGCAGUUGUGUUUCCUAUCCUAGUGAAGUGUACUUUUUCUUGUUUAAUGUUUUUUAUUUACAAAAAAAAAAAAAAAA